AAAUCAAGAAAGAUUUACAUAAAAAUUGAUUCAUCUCCACGUUAGGGCUGGAGUACAGCGUAGAGGCGGAGGAGAAGCCGGCAAAUCAGGGGACGAUUGCUUCACUUAAUAACGCAGGGUUCAAAAGUCAACAAACUGCAGAUGGAUGGCGAAAUGAAGAAUGACUCAGGGAAGGUGACACAAGACAUGGAUCAAGGACACUGUGAAUCCAGUACCACUUUAACUUUGGUGAACGAUUUAAAUAAAUGUAUGAGCGAUGUUUGGUCUAUUUCAAACAUGCUGGAAAGUCUUGGCGCUUGUGUAGAAUAUAUGGACGAGGAGUUGCCAAAAUAUCUAUACAAGGUACAUUAUCCGUUAGAGAUGAUUGAGUUUCCAGAGGAGAAACCAAGAUCUAUCAAACCAGAGUCACUUCUACCAACUUUUAAUGAAGAUUUUGAUGAAGAUGAAUUUUACUAUUGGAUAGAAGAUGUAGAAAGUGGUUUUGAGUAUUGUGAUGUCGCAGUGGAUAAACAAGUAGAAGUUGUAGUCAGAUGCACAUUGCCACUUGAAGGAGAGGCUUUCAAAUGGUGGCAAGGUAUCCAAGAGCUAAGCAAGAAAGUCGAUGGAAAAAAUUCCAUUGGGUGGAAUGAGAUGAAAAACUUGUUUAUGUCUAAAUACCUUUAUCCAAAGAUUGUUUGAUAGCUAACAAAACAUAUCCUUUUAAGGAAAUGGAAUGGCAUCUAUUUGGAAUUUAAGGAAAUUAAAAUCCUUUUGGUAUGUUUCAACUUUUUAGUAUCUGGUAAAAUUACGAACAUAUCCUUUUAUCUUUCGGCUCAAAGUAAACCCAUUCUAGCAUAUAACAAACCUCUAUGACAUCAGCAAUGGCUAAACUUAACAUUCUAGCAGUUAACAAACAUCCUUGAUUUCUCAUAU